AAGAAAAGGAAACACACCGGCCAUAAAACCGGCCCACGCGCCCUAUAAUAUAACAUGAGGCGCCCGCAAAUCUCGCUCACACAUUUCCAGGGUUAGGGUUUGGCGCCGCCGCCGCCGCCAUGUCUCUCCGCGCGAUGUGUCUGCGUGGCUUCGCUGAAGCCCUCGUCCGCCGCGCGCUCGCGCUCCACCCCACCUCGCCCGCCAUCCACGCGCCUCGACGUCAUUUCUGCGAGGGAGAUGCCAUCGCCCGCCUCCAUUCACGUAUGGACCGCUGGGAGAUGACCUCAAUCGAGAGGCACUCGAUCCUCUCCACGGCACUUGGCCGAGCGAACGCGGCGCUCGCCGGCGCUGCCAACACGGCCGCGGAUCGCGCGUCCAAGGACGAUCUGGAUGCUCUGAAAGUUGCCAUGCGCGUUGCCUUCUCUGUUCUCGGCCUGACGGUGGGUGGCGGCGUCGCCGCGGUGUUCGCCUUCCGCUACACGACCGAAAGGGCCACCCGCGAUUGCGCUCAAGUCCUCGUGUCUUAGGAGAUCUCGAAGGUGCGCAUCGACCUGUACAAGGUUCUGGGCGAGGUCCUUAGCCCCGAAGAGAAGAAGAGACUCGCCGACCUAGAGGCGGGGGAGAAAGCUUGUGCAGGAAUCUCCGUGCAGCAGGAUGCGCGGGAGAGGGCCCUGCAGGCCCGGGAGGAGGCCCUCUCCAAGAAGGAUUCGACUUGAUCUCUGCUUUAACUGUGAUUUUGAGAUUUUGUUGUGUCGUGCUAUUUGCCAUGUACCUGUGUUAACUUGCCACUUGCUGAGGGAGGAGAUGAUGAUAUUUUGUUGUGUCGUGCUAUUUGCCAUGUACCUGUGUUAACUUGCCACUUGCUGAGGGAGGAGAUGAUGAUAUUUUGUUGUGUCGUGCUAUUUGCCAUGUACCUGUGUUAACUUGCCACUUGUUGAGGGAGGAGAUGAUGAUAUUUUGUUGUGUCGUGCUAUUUGCCAUGUACCUGUGUUAACUUGCCACUUGCUGAGGGAGGAAAUGAUGAUAUUUUGUUGUGU